AUGGAGGUUCUUGAGCAAAGGGCUGUGGAGAGGGGGUUCAGUAGGGUUGGGGUGUGUCCUGCGCUGCUGCGGCAGAAUGUGGAUAUCCGGCCUGGAAAGGAAUUCCAGAGAAAGAAUGCAUCGUUGGCUAUUGCACUUGCGCAUACUGUCCUGGAGAAACUGGGUGUUGCAACUGAUCCUGGCCAGCAGAGCCUUCCGGUGGAGUUCGUCCAGACUCUGGAAAGUGCGGUUUGGAGAGGUAGGUGUGAAGCAUUGAGAAGUGGACAGCAGCACUAG